AUGCCUCCCAAGAAGACCGAGAGCGCUGCCGCCGCUCCCAAGAAGGCCUCCCACCCCAGCUACCAGGACAUGAUCACCGAGGCCAUUGUUGCUUCGGGUCUCGCUUGCGCUACUGGGUCUCAGUAUCCUCGCCAGCGCCCACCACCCUCGCGAACCCUGAUCGCACCACCACUCGCUGUCGUCUGCCUCGCGGCAAAUCACCUCGUGUGCCGACCUUUUACUGACUCGUCUUUUCUCCUACAGCUUAAGGAACGCAAUGGAUCUUCCCGCCAGGCCCUGAAGAAGUAUGUCAAGGCCAACAACCAGAUCAACGUUGUUAGCGACACCAUGUUCGACUCUCUCUUCAACAAGGCCCUCCGCGCCGGUGUUGAGAAGGGUGUCUUCGAGCAGCCCAAGGGCCCCUCUGGCGGCACCAAGCUUGCCAAGAAGGCUCCCAAGAAGGAGGAGAAGAAGGCUGCCCCCAAGAAGGCCGCCGAGAAGAAGGAGGCCAAGGAGCCCAAGGAGAAGAAGGCUGCUGCCCCUAAGAAGGCUGCUGCCAAGAAGGAGGCUAAGGAGCCUAAGGAGAAGAAGGCCGCCGCCCCCAAGAAGGCUGCCGAGAAGGAGACCAAGGAGAAGAAGGCCGCCCCCAAGAAGGCUGCCGCUCCUAAGAAGGAGGCUAAGGAGCCCAAGGAGAAGAAGGCUGCUGCCCCCAAGAAGGCCGCCGCUGAGAAGAAGGAGACUAAGAAGCCUGCUGCCAAGAAGGCCGACAAGCCCGCUGCCAUCUCCAAGACCAAGACUGGUCGCGUCACCAAGACGGAGGCUAAGAAGCCCGCGGCCAAGAAGGCUGCCGCCAAGAAGGACGAGGCCAAGGCUGAGCCUGCUGCCGCAUCUGCGUAG